AUGCCCCCAAAAGCUCAAAAGCAGCCAAGAGGUCCGAAAGGACAAUUCAUCUCAAAAAAAAGCCUAACUAGCCUCUCUGACGCCUCUUCCUUGAACACAUCAGCUGAAUCUUCCCCACUAGAUACACCAGAGCUCACAUCUAAUGAGAUAGAAGACCAACCCACUGACCAGGAGAACUCAGAAUACGAGUCCCACGAGGUUCGCCAACAGUUAGAGCAGACUGACGAAGAAGAUCAAGAGUUGUUAGUAGGAGCACCAGAUCCAGAGGCUAAUACACUUCCUAUCUUCGACGACCAAUCGUCAAAGAUCCUAAGCACCAUCAUACAAGCACAGAAGCCAAUCACACCGUGGCCAUUCCCACCUGCUACACCAACCAAGACCUUCCUAAAACCCAUUAUUGCCAAAGCUGCUCCACAACCGCCAAAGAUGAAAAAGAUGUCAGGAAAUAGUAACACACCAGGAUGGUUCCACGGCAAAGCCGAUGAGAACGCGCAGAACUUUCUGCGCGAAGUCGUUGUAGAAACAACAAUACAAUGA